GAGCGGCUUGCAGUUGCCUUGGGAACCUCGCGGCUGCCUAACUGCGCGGCGCACGACUCUCCCGAGCGCGGGGCGCUGCGCCUGCACCCCGAGCCGAGGAGUGUGGCCUUUGAUGUCUCAGAAAGACACCUGUCGCCAGCAGCAAAGGGAGGGGGCUUCGCAAGGUUUGGUCCUUCAGGCAAACUCCUACUCAUCCUGCAAAACCCACUGGGGCAUCAUUUGAAGCCUUCCUCCCUGCAAUCCUCCCUCGAGACUCCCCCCACAACCAAGGGAAAAAGGAAGCCUUGCCCUUUGAGCUGAAGGAAGUUUCCCUCCAACCGCAUUCCAACAGCAGACACAUUUUGGGGUGUUAGGAAAAUGAGGCUUGCAGGAAUGAGGGACGUGCCCAGAACCACGCAGCGUCAGAGACAGAGAGUGGCUGAUGGCGCAGGUGGCCAAAGAGCUGGCACGGGCUAGAGCCAAGAGUUUUCAACGAAUCGAGGAUUUUCCCUCUUCUCUACAAGGAGCUUUGAAAAAUGUUCCAGCUUACAAACAGGAUGGAUGCAGAGACCAAGGUCCAGAGAGAGUGGCUGACCUGCUGUGGCCACACAGCGCUGGGAAGACUCCUGCCGAUGAGACAACGGAGGCCCCCAGCACCCCUGCGGAACAGAGCUCAGCCUGACUCCAAACAUGAGGGCCAUCAGGUCAGGCCAAGGUGGUGGGAACAGUGAACAGAAAGUUUCCCAGGAGUUGGCUGCGCGCGGCGCGGGGCCGCCCGGGGAACCAUGAACGUGUUCCGGAUCCUCGGCGACCUGAGCCACCUCCUGGCCAUGAUCUUGCUCCUGGGGAAGAUCUGGAGGUCCAAGUGCUGCUCGGGCAUCUCUGGGAAGAGCCAGAUCCUUUUUGCUCUCGUCUUCACCACCAGGUACCUGGACCUCUUCACCAACUUCAUCUCCGUCUACAACACAGUCAUGAAGGUGGUUUUUCUCCUCUGUGCCUAUGUCACAGUGUACAUGAUCUACGGGAAAUUUCGGAAGACAUUUGACAGUGAGAAUGACACGUUCCGCCUGGAAUUUCUUCUGGUCCCUGUCAUUGGUCUGUCCUUCCUUGAGAACUACAGUUUCACUCCCUUGGAGAUCCUCUGGACUUUCUCCAUCUACCUGGAGUCCGUGGCCAUCCUGCCGCAGCUCUUCAUGAUCAGUAAAACCGGGGAGGCGGAGACCAUCACCACUCACUACCUGUUCUUUCUCGGGCUGUACCGGGCACUCUACCUGGCCAACUGGAUCAGGCGGUACCAGACUGAGAACUUCUAUGACCAAAUUGCGGUGGUGUCUGGAGUGGUACAAACCAUCUUCUACUGUGACUUCUUCUACUUGUAUGUGACCAAAGUCCUUAAAGGAAAGAAGUUAAGCCUUCCAAUGCCAAUUUGAGGGCCCCACAGAUGGUUCUACAUGUUAACAAGCACACACAACAAACGAUUUGGAACGGUCUUCUGGACUUCUACAGGACUCGGGCCAAAUGUUAGAAAAAUGCUUAGUGGGGACACUUCAGCCGAGCACUGAUCAUUGUACCUAGAAGACGUUCUCCCCAAUCUGUCCCUUAAAUUAUAGCAGUGAUUAAAAAAAAAAAAAAAAAACAACCCCAGGCAAAUUAGAGAAGCAUGGUGCCUCAUGUCCACAGGACAUCAAGAAAUCUUAGGUGCUUAACCCGGAUGUGGGGCAGACAGCCAACUGCUCUCCAGGGCGCUAGCAAGAGCCGCCCACUGGGGAACAGCCAGUCCCACCUGGCAAGACGUCCCCCCCCCCCCCCCCCCCC